UCAGCCGAUGCGCGGAGCAAGGGGCUCCCCCGGGGGGGGGCCAAGCCAGGCGCCCCCCGCCCCCCGGGGCACGUGCUCCGCUCCCCGCCCCGCAGCGCAGCGCAGCGCAGCGCAGCCCCGCGGCCGCAGUCAGCACAAAGGGGAGGAAACGCCGGACCCUCCGCGAGCAGCCGCGCUCCUCCCCCGCCCCCGAUCACAUGGUGACCCCGGGCAGCCAAUGCAAGGGGCGCUAGGACCCGGGGGGACCCGGCCCGGCUCGCCGCGUUAUAAAUGCCUCUCCAAAAUGCGGCGCAGCUCCUUGCUCGCCCGCCCGCCCGCGCCGCCCCGCUCCUCCGCGCUCCUCCGCCGCCCGCCGCGGGGCUCCGUGCGCCCUGACCCCCCGCGCCGCCGCCCCGCGCCCCGCGCCCGGCCCGUUGCAUGCAUUGUCUGUCUCCCAGGAUGGUUUGCGAGACCAAGAUCGUGGCGGAGGAUCACGACGCGCUGCCGGCAGCCAAGAAAGACGCGGUCCUUGUCUCUUCCUCGCAGAUGUGGCCCUCGCUGGCGGGCGCGGCGCCGCCGGCCGAGCUGGGCAAGGACGGCGCGUACAUCCGCGAGAUCCAGCCCGGCGAGCAGGCGGCGGCGCGGCGCAUCUUCUACGAGGGCAUCAUGGAGCGGAUCCCCAACACGGCCUUCAGGGGCUUGAAGAGCCAGCCCCUCGCCCAGCUGCUCUACGGGCUGCUGGCCGUAAUAUGCUUUGUUGUGACCAAGUCCUUGCUGCUGACCUGCUGUUUGCCCAUCUUUCUAAUGGGUAUGAGGUACUACUUCAGUAGAAAAGUUAUCCUCAACUAUCUCGAUUGUGCGCUGCAUACGGACAUGUCUGAUAUUGAGCAAUAUUACAUGAAACCACCAGGCUCCUGCUUCUGGGUGGCCGUGCUGGAUGGAAACGUGGUUGGAAUUGUGGCUGCGAGAGGCAACGAGGAAGACAACACGCUGGAGCUGCGCCGCAUGUCUGUAGACUCCAAAUACCGCGGCAAAGGGAUUGCCAAAGCCCUGGGCCGCAAAGUGCUGGAGUUUGCCAUGCUCAACAACUACUCUUCUGUCGUACUGGGAACCACGGCUGUGAAGGUGGCAGCCCACAAGCUGUAUGAGUCCUUGGGGUUCAAACACGUGGGCAUCGUUGAACACUACACCCUUCCUGGGAUGACACAUUCCUUACUAGAGAGAGUGUUUUUCCAGCUUCGCUACCACCGCUACCGCCUGCAGCUGCGUGAAGAAUAAAAACAAAACCGCAAAAAUAUUUUCCUCCUCCCCCCUCCAAAACAAAACCGACCUUGUGGUUUUAUUUUUUUUUUUUUGUCACUUUUUUUUUUUGCCAGUUUUGUUCAUUUUGUUCCCUCAUUUCAUUUUUAAUUUGCUUUGUACAGCUUGAUUGUACAAAAUAAGGAUCCUUCCUCGCAUGCUGUAGGGUGGUGGUGCUGAUGCUGGAAGUACUGCUCUCCUAAUGCAUACCCUGUUCAUGACCUGGCAGGUCAGAGUGAACCUACAGCCUAUUGUUCCAAUCCUACCCAGGUACCUACAUAAAGCACAGAAACUUAAAUACAUAACCGUACCCCUGGUCUGGUGUACAGUUUUUGGUUUUUGUGGGUUUUUUUUUUCUUUUCCAAUAUAAGAUAACGUAGUGAUGGCAUUCAUGCUAGUGCAGAAAUAUUACUUGAAUGCAUUUCUGAGUAUUUCACGCACCAGUACGUAGAAUAGGUAUUCAUCUUCCCGUAAAUUAUCAGUUAAUAGUUUUCAAAGAAAAUGUGAAAAAUAAAACAACCCGCUUGCUACAAUGCAUGAAGAGGAAGUGUGUGCACGCACUCAAACACAUGGCACUGCCAACAAGGCACUGGUGUUGCACUUUUUUGGAUGUGCCUCAUGCUGCCAAAUGUCUGAAAGAACCUUGGUGCAUCCAAUAACCAUGACUUUUUCUCCAUUCUCAUUCUCCUUCCUAAGCCAGCAAACAGACUUGACCCAUCUGAACUCUGAGCCCCAUUGUAACAUAUUAUGAAGUAAGAUCAAACCUAAAUAUCUCCUGCGCUGUUCUAUAUCCGUGCAUCACCUGCAGUCCUGGGCCAGACUUCCGCAUGUGCAUUGGAGUUUCUCUUUGCUGCCUUCUGGUUUAUUUUUUUUUUUAUUUUUUUUUUUAAAUUAAUGUUUUGUUUUGUUUUAUUUUUUAGUUUUGGCUUUUGCUGAAUGGUGUCAUUGAAGCAUAAUGGAGGCUGCAGUUCCUAUGGCAACACAUUUGCACAUUAAUGUGCCCACCAAUUCUGAACACUUCAGAAAAGCAAUGUGCGACAGAUAAUUGCAUUUUGGGAACAUGGGGUGGGGGGGACACAUACAUAUUAUCUUAACCAGCUGCUUGUUCGAUAAACAUAGAUGGCCUCACUGCAGCCUUCCAUAAAAAAUAAUUAGCUGCUUUAAUGAUGUCACAUUUGUGAAUUGUACAAUGCAAAAAGCAAUGCAAAGCAGAUUUGGCAUGUGUCUGUACCUAGUAUGUAUGUACAGUGCCUGCCAACAAAUGAAUAACCAAGACUACAGCUUCUUCUAGCCUGAAAUAUCAAUUUUUAUAACUUAUUUAAACAAAUAGCAACUUUGCAUGAAUUGUCUCGGCGGGGGUUGGGGGGGGGGGACGCAGUAGGUUAUUUCUAAAAUGUGUUAUCAGAAAUAUACAGAUCAUUUCUGGCUGCACUUAACUCGGGGGUGGAUGGAAGGUUUCAGCUAUCUUAUUCAAUUUAAAGGGAAACCCCCUUUCACUUAGUUCCUGGAAAAAAUGUUACCGUUCUAUGAAGUAUAAUGCGCAUGGAAAAAAUGUAUCACGAUGAAAUCAACAAGGGAGAGACCUAUGUUAAUCACGCUUGUACUUAGAAAUACAAUAGAAGCAUCUAGGUGGAAAGGAGAGUUUCAGGGAGGAGGGGAGUGUUAAUGCAGGAGCAAAUGUUAUUUUCCAAACAGAUUUUGGAAUCCAAUGAAUGGGGAAUCAUAGAAAAUGAAAGUAGGAGCACUUAAACAGCUUGACAGGCGGAAGAUGAGACGCAUGUAAGUAAUACUGUAGUGUUGAAACCAAAAAAACCCCCUCUCCCUUUGUUUCCAGCUGAGAGUGUUUCCAGCACUGAGAUUUACCAGCGUGAAGGCCUGGAGGACAGUCGCUUGUGACCGGCUGGCACUGCUCCAUGCCAUACCGUCACAAUUCUGCCUGUACAGGGGCGCCCGGGAAAGUUGAGACAGAUCAACCAGAAGUGUGCAAGUGUUUUCCUUGACUCCUGAAUGAGAGCAUCCAUGCGCUCUGCGGCGCGUCGGAGGCUGGAUCGGGUGAGAAUUAGCAGUGCGCUGGCCGCCCCAUGCUCACUCCCUGUCUGGGCGCUGUUCAGCGGCAGCAAGUGGAAGGCAGCUGACUUGACUUUAAAAGUGGAGCAAGCUGCCGGACUCAGUGCAAUGAAUGGGCCUGCAUGGGGCAUAGCCAGCACCUUGCAAAUUGUCACUCAGCCUUACGUGGCAGUAAUUUCAUCACGUAGAUAAGCCCCUGUGCAUGCUGACUGCACACUGUUGGCUUGUUUGCCUUCACUUGUCCGCGCGUCACCAUGUAAACAGGCCCUCCUCCUACCAGAGUGAGUGUCUUUGAGAACUCUGAUUUACCAGCAGCAUCUCUGCAGGUCUCCUUUCAGCAGGGGAAAAAGCCUGUACUUGCUUAGCAAACGUUAAUGAGAGGAGGAGGGCAGUCUUCCUGGGAGAGCAAUUGCGGAGCUGCUGAAAGGAUGUGGGCUCCAAUCUCCAGAGCCCAGCCCUUUCACCUGAGCUGGAAGGGAGGAAAAAAGAAAUCGCAGCCUCCUUCUCCCAUGCAAUCCCAGAACAAGAAGUGAGGUCAAGGCAAUAAAUGCAGGCACAGCCUUAUCAGAGCAAUCUGAAAAAAUAUUCUGUUGAUCAGUUCACCCUCUCAGUGCUGGAUUGCUGCCUGUCUCAGUCUCUACCAUGCACAAAGCAGCAGUGUCCUGUGAUAUAUUGGCCCAGCAAUAAAGGGAGAAAAUUGAGAAUGGAGGGCACUCUUUCAAGAAACCAUGAGUAAUGAACAAUAUUUCUUUGUGGGCACUAUAUUUUUUAAAGUCUUUCUAUGCUGAACAUUUCUCCAGAAGCCAAAAUAUAUACUGUUGGUAGGGGUUUUUGUAUAGUGUACAGAAAUUGGCAUAAUAUUUUCUUGCUGCUUCAAGUGAUUUAUUAGGUGGAGUAAAAUCGACACAUACAAAGUGUUAGCAAAAGUGAAAGAAAAGAACAAAACAGUUUGUGCCUUUUUAGUUUAUUUUUUCUGUUGCUGUAUAGUUGCUGCACUAAACCUUUUCCAGAAAAUAAAAAUAACUAAUCUCUUAACAAAGGGGGAAAUACAUGAAGCUGAAACCAAGCGCUUAAUUUUUUUAUUGGGGUAUUUAAUUAAAAGAAUGUUGCUGGUUUUAUUUGAUACUUGUGCCUUUGUAGUAUGCCUCAUUCAUACCGAUGAGAUAAGCCAAAACAGGUACAAAAACCAUUAUAUCCCAGAGCCAGACGCACUGGUAUGUCACCACCACUUCCAAAGCUGGUUAAAAUGUAACCGAUGGGUUAGGACUGCAUCUCUGAUCAUGACACCUUGGGAGCUGCAUAAAAGAGGGGUGUUGCUAUAACAUGCAGCUUGCAAAGUGCUAUGGUAUCUCUAUACUUCUAAGUGCAUGGGGGGGCAUAGCAAUCAAGAUGCUGCCACUCAGACAUUUGUUGCUGUGUGAAUUUGUCUUUACUGCCUUUGUGAUUUCUCUCCUGCUCUGUGACAAGUGUGCUUGGAAAAUUCAGUUUGGUCAUCAUACCAGGAACCCCAGCUGCCUGUCUUUUUCCUCAAGUGUAAUCUCCUAAAGGAAGGACAUACUGUUAAAUUUUUUCAUCUUUUUUUUUCCUCAGUGGUGACAGCAGAUGAGUUAGAGCUCUACUAACCUGAGCUUCGUCCUAGGCUAUCGUGGUUGGACAUCUCCCACUUGUACUAGCUCCAGUGAGAAUACUGAUGUAGACCAGGCUCAGGCAUUUUUACUGCUGUUGGCUGGAUUUGCUGAGAGUUGGAUUAGACGCUUCCAUGGCUAAAAAAUACCUGAGCCUCCUGCUGCUUCUUAGUUGUUGGAUUUGUUCUGGUGGGAAAUUUUGCAAAGCCUGUUUAUGUUGGUACAGGCUUGAAGGUGGAUCAUCCUUGGUUGUUCUGUAGAACAUGCUUGUCCUUCCUGUGAGGGAGCCCAGGCUCAAGCUGCGCUGUCUUCUAGUCUGGCUAUGCUGCAGGCUGCAAGAUCACGUAGAGAAACCCAGCUAAGUUUAAAUGAGCGGACUAGGAGCACUCUAGCCUGGCUGGUGCAGAGUUCAGCCCAGCACUCAUGGUGGGGCAGUUUAGCCCCCAUAGAGCCGGGUGUUGCCGUGGCCAGAUUGGUUCUGCUCUCAGUACUGGUUCAUUCAUAACUAGCUUGGGCAUCUCCGCACUGCAUUGCAGUCUGCAGUGUAGGCAAUUCCUGAGUCUGUGUAGGCAGGGCAAGCUGAAGGGUUUUUCCAUUUUGUCCAUCCAUCGCCUCUAUUUUACCUAUGUACAUAGCUCUGCAAAAGGCUUCCACAUGUCCUCUCUCUGCACAAGUCCUGGAACUCCUCCGAUGUGCAACUUCCCAGCAGCGACAGGACCCAGCUUUGCUGUCUAUCUGUCCUUUGCUGCUUCUGGACCUCCUGCUGCUUCUGGACAGAGACUGCUGAAAGGACCACGCAAGUCCCGGCAGCAGGUACUUCAGCACUGGCACAGAAGUGCAUGGAGGGCAGUACGAAGAGCUCAGGGACACUCCAUUUGAAGGCGACGAGCAGAAGAGCUGCUAGAGGAUCUUCCCAGCGGUCCUCUGCAGCUCUGGUAGGAAGGCCAAAUAUGUAUGAAAUAAGGAACGAUGUUAAAGAUGAACUGAGCCAUUCUCUCUGUCUGUUGCCAUUCCCUGUGCUGAGUUUGGGGCUUUGGGUGGCACCGAGGGACUGGCAGUUGCGUGACCCUGUACACAAGUUCCAGACUGCCAGCCCCAUGUGGGAAUGCUGGGAUUCUUGUGACAAGAGUUGGGAUUUUCAUUUGUAAUUUGGUUAAUUGGAUGGCUGGUGGAACUACAUCCAGCUGAGCUGGAGCUGUGUGGUUUGACUGGCAGGAGACCUUUCAGCUACAGGACUGGCAUCUGCAAACAAAUGAGUCCUCCCUAGUCCCUACCCACAUCUGCCCUGGCAGCUUCCUAGCUAAUACGUUCUAUGUCCAUGCUUCUUUUUCACUGAUUUGUUGGUCUUUAAAAUAGAGUUUCCCUGCCUGAGCCCUUAUCUUGCAGCGAGCUCCACUUAGGUGAAUACCUGGAUGGAGCUGACUGGGAUCAGUGCUGCGGCACCCCCUGCCCUGCUCCCCAACAGAGCCAGGGCCUCUGAUCUUUUCUUCCAGGUUUUUAAGAGGAAACAGGAAACAUUUCAGUUAUGAGUCAAGGCUCAACCUUGUUCAUGGCCCAGGUCUCCCUGGGCACCACCUGUACUGUCCUCUGUGAAGCUAGUAAGAGUUGUGUGCGCACAUCUGUGAGAACCAGGUCCUUGGGGCCUGCUGAUGCCACCAUGCACCUUUGAUCAGUUAUCCCAGGUUUUAGGUUGGCUCUGUAGUGCUCUUGGCCUUGCUUAGUAAUGCUCAAUGGCUAAAGCAGUUAGGAACAGGGUUUCAGACUUUAGUGAGGCCUCUUGAACUAGUGGUUGCCACAAAUUCAUGCCUUGGUUUCUCUGAUGAAGUGCUCUGCACCUGCAGACAGCUUAGAAAUGGCAGCUGUAAUUCACCUCCACUUUGAAGUGCGCUCCACAGUGCUGUGCCAUUGGCAUGUUCCAAACACUGCAUGGAGAGAAAUGGCACUGGGCUUUGCUUGGGUCCUGUUGCUACAGGGUGUGGACAAUAUGUUUCAGUACCUCUUUAGCACUUCCCAGGUCUCUACCUGCAUGCAAGACUGUGAUCCCUUCUGGGUGCAGUCCUACAUAUGGUGUCAGUAGAGGAAGCUCCACCUGACUUAAAGAAUGCCAACAUUGUGACUAUCUUCAAGAAAGGGGACAAGUCGGUGUGUGGGAACUACCAAGGCAUUGCCUUCCUCUCUGUUGCCCGGAAAAGUCUUAGUCCCAUCCUUCUGAAUCUCCUCCUCUGCCUUGCCGAAGAUGUCCUUCCAGAAUCCCAGCGUGGCUUUAAACCAUCAUGGGUACCACCAACAUGAUUUUUGUUGCACAACAGAUCCAGGAGAAGUGUAGAGAGCAACACCAAGAGGUGCUUAUGGCAUUCAUUGGCCUAACCAAGGCCUUCGACUCCAUCAAUUGUGAAACCUUAUGGAAGUUGCUGGAUAGGUUUGGUUGUCUGUUGACGUUCAUCAGUGUCCUCAGGCUACUCCAUGAUGGGAUGACCACCACAGUCCUCUGCAGUGGAUCAGAGAUGGACCAAUUUACCAUUUGUACUGGUGUCAAGCAGGGCUGUCAUCACCUCAACCUUUUUCUCCAUCUAUCUUGCUGCAAUUUUGAAUCUCAUCCAUGACUGCCUUCCUCCCAGAAUUGGGGUGGAGUAUCAAAUGGACAGUCAGCUUUCCAGCCUGCAGUGCCUCCGCAGCAAAAUGAAAGUGGCAUCACCGACCUUCAGUAUGUUGACGACUGUGUUAUCCUCGCACACGCUGCGGCCAAUCUGCACUCCACCCUUGACCUUUUUUUAGGUGCCUGCCAUAGCCUGGGACUCUCCCUUACUAUUAGGAAGACCAAGGUGCUCCAUCAGCCUGCCCCAGCACAAGCUUCCCCCCCUCUCCCCACAAAUUACCAUUGGUGGAGAACCCCUGGAAAGCGCCAAGCAUUUCCUAUACCUUGGCAGCCACCUCUCCCAGUCAGUCUUGAUGUAGAAAUCAAAUCUAGGAUUUGCUGUGCCAGCAUAUCCUUUGGAAAGCUGCUUUGCCAUGUCUUUGCUCACUGAGAUCUACAGAUAGAAGCUAAGAACCUGGUCUGCAAUGCAGUGAUAAUCCCUAUGCUCCUAUGGGUGUGAGAUGUGGGUGACAUAUCGGAGCCACUUUAAGCACCUGGAAUGGUUCCACCAACGCUGCCUCAGGAAGAGCCUUCAAUUUGAUGGGAAGACCUCUGCUCAAAUGCCAGCAUCCUCUUUGCACCUAAUAUAACCAGCAGUGAGGCAAAGAUCAAGAAACAACAAUUCUGCUGAGCUGGCCACAGUGCGGAUGCCGACACUCGUCUCCCAAAGCAAGUCCUCUUCUCUCAACUCAGCCAUGGUAAGAGGACCCGCAGAGGACAGAGGAAGAAUUACAAGGACACCCUGAAAGCAUAACUUAAGAAGGGUGGCAUCAGCCUUACAAACUGGAAGUGCUGGCUGGUAACGGGUCUCAAUGGCACUGCACCAUACAUCGAAGCCGAGAAAUGGUAGAGGAAGAAGCAAAGUGCACAAUAUCUUGGCCAACAGCUGUGCCCUCCAGCCACCCCCCAAAGCACCACCUGUCAUAUCUGUGGAAAAACUUGCAGAGCACGGAUUGGACUCUUCAGCCAUCUUAAAAUGCACCAAUAAUUUCCCCCAACUCCCGCAGCAGACAUCAUCCUCGUAUCGAGGGACAGCCGAAGAAUGUGUUUCAAUACCUCUUUAGCACUUCCCAGGUUUCUACCUGCACACAAGACUGUGAGCCCAUCUGGGUGCAGUCCUAUGUACAGUGUCAGUAGGUUUGACACUGUCUCCUUUCUGUACAUCUGUGAUAUGAAACUUGUUUUAACUGGGAAUAAAUUUUCCUUCCAAGAAUCAAGUUUGUGAAUAAUCUGCAGAGCCUCCUCAAUUGACUUUUUUAAAAUUGCUAAUUGGAAAAUACACGUCAGUUGAUUACUUAAAGAUGCAUGGUUUUAAAAUAAGUAUGUGUGUAACAACCUGGAAUUCAGUGUAGAAUAAUAGAAAAUGAGGGCUCAGGAGCUCAUCUAGCUCAAAGCCGCACCAUCCCCAACUAGAUCAUUCCAGCCAGGGCUUCAAGCUAGACUUUAAAAAUCUCCCACCUCUCUGGGUUACCCUGUUCCAGUGCUUCACCACCCUCUUGGUUGGGAUGUUUUUCCUAAUAUCUAAACUUCCCUUGCUGCAACUUGAGGCCAUUGCUCCUUGUUCUGUCUUCUGCCAUCACUGAGAACAGUGUAGCCGAACCUUGUCCAGAGCCGAAUGGUUUUUGAUUGGUAGUUUGUACAGGUACAGGAUGAAGCUGUUUUUAAGAAGCACUUGUUUGAAACAAAAACAUGAAUGUACCAAAAUGUGAAAUGUAAAAUAUUGUAAUGACAGUUGAUGCACCUGGGAUCUGAAAGGGUAACAGCAUUGACUUUAUUUGUGCUAAACUCUACAUAAAAACAGUGUGCGAACUGUACUGCAUCAGUGUCAAUUUGCUGCAAAAAUACUGUAUACUUGAAUCCAAAGUACAACAUAUAGCUAAUUCGUGUGAAACUAGUCCAAUAUUCCUUGAAAGGAGCAACAGACAAACUGCCCUUCAUGUCUGUGCUGCUUUACUAUCUGUAAAGUGGGGGAAAUCAGGUUUCCUUUGGUAAAGUUCUUUGAGAUCUAGAGCGAUUCAACAUGUAUGUGAGGGGCAGGGAUCUUAUAGGGCGCUCAUGAGGUCCAAGCCUAUCCUGGGAAGAAAAUUUUCCUGUUGACUUCAGUGGGAGUGGAAGAUGCUCAGAAGGCAAGAUCAGGCCUUUACAACUUUGGGGGUUUUCAAGAGGAGGUUAGACGAGUAUCUAGCUGGGGUCAUCUAGACCUAGCACUCUUUCCUGCUUAUGCAGGGGGUCGGACUCAAUGAUCUAUUGAGGUCCCUUCCGACCCUAACAUCUAUGAAUCUAUGAACCUCUUCAUACUGCCGCUGUGGCAGUGACAGAGUUGCCAUCGAUGUCAGUGCGAGAAGCAUCAGGCCCCAUCUGAUCGAGAACAAUAUUGUCCAGGAAAGUCGGUUGCUGAGAGGUCUCAGCAAAAUAAAGACUUAACAAAAAAUGAUAACGCUCCUUACUGUUGCCCUUCGCACCACUGAGCCUAAUCAGUGCAUGAUCUCUUCUGCCUUUGAUUUGCCCAGAGCUUAUGGCUGAAAUGCAGAUGAAUAGAUAACAAACCCUCACUGCAAGGGUUUUAGAAUUGCUAAAUACACAAGGGCAAGUGCCAGCUCCAGUUACCUCUGAAUUAACAAUCUACUUUUAAAUUUGCUGUGAGCCUGAUUUCCACUAGAGCCUGGGAUAAUGUUGCUGGUAUGCACUGUUUAAAGUCUAAUAAAGGCAUUCCAGUUCCAAGCUAACUGGAGUCUGUGGUCGCAUACACUUUGCCACCUAAAGAAAAAUGAAUGGAUGUGUCCUAUUAAGUAAGCUUACAAGUGCAAAAGGCUGAAAUCCCCCCCUUUUUUGCCCUCAAGCUAUAUCCACUUGGAACCUUGUGCAGAGAAAUCGAUGCCCUUGUCCUUGUAACCAAAGGGUUUUUACCUCACCCCAGUAAGAGGAUGUGCACGUAGAGAUUAUUUUCCUAGCUUGUGCCAUGGAAAGACUGUUGCCUGAAUGAGCUUUCUAAGCAUCUUUCACCGAAACAAAAGUAAGUGCGAGUGCAAUGUACACAAUGCAGAGUUGAGUUGCAAUAGGCUGUUUGUCACUUAAAACAGUAAGCUAGAAGUCAGUAUUUGGAGUGUGUGAAUUUACUGUUCAGUGUUUGCUUUGUUUUACCUGAUGGUUGGUUUUCAGGGGAGGAAAGAAGUUCUUGUGAAUUGUAAAAGAUGGGAAGUCACUGAAAGCAACAGUGUAACGAAUACAUGAUGCUGCUGUACAUUACUUUAUAAGCAAUGCGUUUGAAUGUGUAAGCAGCUACUGCUGUGUGAGCUUAUCCAAUUUACAGCUAACAUUGUUUCCAAUUUCCUUUAGUCCAAAGCCAAGUUUAAUCAUUUGACUUGUGCUGUGUAUAUUUCUUUUAUUUUACAGUUGGGGUCUAACAAGAGCAUCCCCUGCUUUAUGUGUUGUACUUAUGAUUGUGCUGGGCAAUUAGCUUUAAGCAGUUUGAUGUGCGCUUGCAUUAUUUUAUUAAGGCAAAAGCCUCCUUGAGCCUAACGCUGUUAAGAUGAAAUCACUUCUUUGUAGUGUUGACCAGGUCGUGUGGUAUGCGUUUGCAAAGACUGAAAUGAAUGGGGCUAUAGCUCUUAGCAGACCUGCUAGUGUCUGAGCCAGUGCUCUGUGUACAAGUUAUGGGCUACAAGACUUAACCUGUACCUAAGUGGAAAUUCAGAUUCAUUGUGCAUCGUCACAAUUGUACAAGACUGGUGGGAAAUGAGUCUUGUGCUUUCUGUGCUCAGCUUGGUAGGUACUAUGGGGCUGGACUAGGUGACUCGUAUGUACUGUACUUUGUAAUGGGAAGCAGCUGCAGGUCCUCAAAGAAAUAGUCUCCUAUGAACAUACCUUAAAACAGCAAUAAUAACCACUGCAGAGAAAAUGAGUAUGUCUGGUAGGCAGGAGGAGGGUGGGGAAAGAACUCAUGAAAAUAUGGUUAUGACCCUGCUGGCAAUCAUCAUGUGCUGCUAUUGUUAACCGGGGAACAGAAUUAGUACUAUAAUGGGCCAUUGGGUCUAUGUGACUUGGGUUCAGAUUUGAAGUGAGCUUGUUGAUGCACCCACUUGAAGCCUCUUUAAAUCUCCAAAGUUCAUAUACAGGGCAUUAUCUUUGUAGUAAAAUGCUAUAGAACAAGUUACAGCAAGUCAGGACGGCCCAUCCAGCAGAUAGACGAGAGCACUCUCGAAGUAGCAUGGAAGUAACCAUCUGGUUCUGCAACCUCGUAAUGCAGUGUAAACUAUGGCUGACUCGGCAAUAGCAGAAAAUAGGAUACAUGACUGUACUUUUCCUCUGGCAGCAAACAAUUGGCACUCUUGGAAACAUUUGAAAACUGUCCGCAUGUAUUGAUACAGACCAGUUACCACAGCACGUCAGGACAUGCUAUAUAUGCAAGUUACUCCUCCAUACAUUUAGGCAUUUGAGUUCCAACCUAUAAACUGCUAGUCUCAGUGUAGUGACCACUACUCAACUUCCGUUAGCAGAAUACUGAAACACUACGUCCAGUCAGCUCUUAAAUAAAUGCAGUGUGUCUGCAGGAAGAGUCCAGGGAGGUACUGUAAAUGAAUGACUUGUAGGUACUUAAGUUCUGUUCCUGAUGGCCGCUGUAACUGUGAAAAUUAACCAGACCUGCUGUGAUAAAUUUGGUUAUAUAAGGUUUAUUUGGUUAAUUUUUUAUAAGUGAAAACUGAAAAGAUGAAAGAGAAUUGUAAUAUGAAAGUAACUGCUGUAAAUAAUGUAUGAAUGAAUAAAAUCUAAAACUUA